CACACAAAUCUUAUCCUCCUCUCUCUUCUCUUCUCAUCUCAUCUUCAUCUCCUCAAAAUUUUUCCCUCUUAUUUUCAAUCAAUUAUUAACUUUUUCUAAUAAAAACAAGUUAUAAACUCAUGGCUAACUAUGAUGAAGAAGUUUCAGCUCUUAAAAGAAUCAAAUUACACCUUCUAGGUGAAUUUUCUCCACUUCCAUCUCCUAUUUCACAACCUUCCUUUGACUUUGAUUUUGAUUUUGAUUUUGAUUUUGAUUUUGAUUUUCAAUUUCAAACUAACUCAACCACUUUGGAUUCUUCAAUUUCUUUGGAUCAUUAUUCAACCGAUCUCUUCCAAUUUGAUUACAAACCUCAAAUAAUUGAACCUCAGAGUCCCAAAUUCCUAACAUCUCAUCCUCAACAAACCGUAGAGAAGAAGAAGCCCAAAUUGAAUCGUAAACCGUCGCUGGAAAUCGCUCUCCCGAAUAAAACAACCGAAUGGAUCCAAUUCGGGAACCAAAAUCCGAAACAAGAGGUGGUUGUUCAGAAACAGGAAGCUGCUGAGAAACAGCACUACAGAGGAGUUAGAAGAAGACCGUGGGGAAAGUUCGCCGCUGAGAUCCGUGACCCGAACAAACGCGGGUCAAGGGUUUGGCUUGGAACGUUUGAAACAGCUAUUGAAGCUGCUAAAGCCUACGACAGUGCUGCUUUCAGGAUGCGCGGAUCUAAAGCGAUUCUCAAUUUUCCACUAGAAGUCAACGAGUCGGCAACGGCGGUGGCGGAGACCUCCGGCGACGGUGACAGAAAACGGUGCCGUGAAGAGGAAGAGGUAGUAGAAAUGAAACCGGUGGUAAAAAAAGAGAAAAUAACGGAAUUUGAUGUGAACUGUUUUAAAGAGAUGCCGCCGUCAGCUUUCACCGGAUUUUGUUUGUCGCCGUUAUCUUUCUUUUGUUUGUCACCUCUAGUUGCCGUAUGAAAAUUCUAUUUCUAAUAUUGACAAAUGUACAUUUCAUGAAAUUAUUUCAUUCAUUCACUAAAUUCCUUUUUGUAU